CCCGGCAUGGAAGAGAGCGGCGGCGGCGACGGCGGGGCGGAUCCGGGCCCGCCCGCGGCCCCGGGCGGGGAGGGCGAGGGCUGCGAGGGGCUGUGGGAGCUGCCGGUGGAGCGCUGCGAGAGGCGGCCCGUGUGCGGGCGCUGCAGCCGUCCUGAGAAGGUGUGUUUGUGUCCUUUCCUGCCUGUACAUCCACUAAAGGUCUCCACCUGCUUGUAUAUAAUUCAGCAUCCAGCAGAGGAAAGUAGAGUGUUAAGAACGGUACCUUUGCUAGCAGCUUGUCUCCCUCCAGACAAAUGCAAAAUUUUGGUUGGUCGACGUUUUAAUGAAGACAGGUAUCCUGAAUUAGCAACUGUGUGCAGAAAUCCCAGUACUCUAAUUUUGUAUCCUGGAGCUGAAGCAACCAAUUUGGAAGAAGUUGCUGUGAUGUCUUCUAGUCCAUCUGUUAUGAUUAUCAUCGAUGGAACAUGGAGUCAGGCUAAAGAUAUAUUUUACAAAAAUUCUCUCUUCCGCCUUCCCAAGCAAGUGCAGUUAAGACCCAGUAUUUCAAGUCAAUAUGUAAUUCGUACACAACCAACAAACACCUGUCUGUCUACUCUUGAAUGUGCAGCUGUUGCUCUUUCCAUCAUAGAAAAAAAUAAGAGUAUACAAGAGACCAUACUCCAUCCGCUUCAAGCUUUAUGCUCUUUCCAACUUCAGCAUGGUGCCCAGAUCCAUCACAGCAAGGAACAUCUUCUCAAAAAUGGCUUAUAUGACAAGCCCAUGCCAAAGAAUAAACGCAAACUCAGAAGAAUGGAGCUUCUGGUGAAUAAUGUUAAAAUAUAAGAAAGCUGUACUGACUAUACAGAGGGAUUUAUUUGCAGUUAGCGAAUGAAUAUGAAUCUGGAUUUGAUCCAAACAGUUGACUGUACCCUAAUAAAACAACUUUUAGGUCCUUCUUAGGGAAGAGUUUAUCUACCAGUGUGACAAACAGUAAUGGACAAGCUUUUUCAUUUAUGCAGUAACCCAGGUGCCUUUGUUCAGAUGAUGGAGGAGCAUUCUCAUUUCCUGUAGAGGAGAGGAAGAAAACUGAACAUAAUUUAGACUUAUGGUUAUCACUUGGGUGUCAGAUAUGAUCCUCAGUAUGACUGGAUGAAUUUAUUUUGGAAAGGCUUUUACCAGUACAAAAAGACAAGAAAUAUGAAUAUGGAUGUGAUGGAAUGGUAAGGCCUCAGCAGUUAGAAUUAUGUUGAUUUUCUACUGAGCUUUUUAGCUUCAGUAUAUAACUACAGUAGACUUUCAAAGCAUAAUUCCCGAUAUUUUUUAGUUCAGAUGAACAUAAAGCAUGUUAUUUGGACAGUUCUUUCUAACUUUGAGAUUUUUAUUUCUUCUAUAAUUAGAGCUCCUUUUUGUAAAUUUACAUAUUUUUUACAAUGCAGUCUGGUUUAGUUUCUCCCCGACUUAAUUUUUAAAUUAAGUCUGCAUAUGUUUUUACAAGAAAAUGAACAAUUCUGACUUACAAAAAGAAAAGUAGAAAUCGUGAUUUUUGGAAUUAUAACUCAGGUGCUUUGCUUUUACUUGAGCAAAAAUUAGUCUUCCACAGAGGGGGAGAUGUUGUGGAUGUAAAUACAUCAUACCCAUACUCUGACAUACAAUGAUUAUGCUACUAGAGGAAUUAAACAAGCCCAGUGUAAACUGCUCUGUAAGAAGUAUGAUGCAAUGACAAAUGAUUAUGUCUGGUUACAGCCAACUAACAUAAUUAUAGAUCCUCUAGGCUUCAUGUGUUUAGUUUUUCACUUCUAACAGUGAUAUAAAUGUACUUCUUUCUAAUGGGAAUUGCUAGAAGCAGAAGAAUUGGGUAUUUUUACAGGCUUUCUGAAAUAAUAUUUUAUGAUCUGGAGGGAAAAGUAAAGUGACAUAAAGGUUCUGAUAGUCCUUUCUUCUACAUAGAUCCCUCCUGCAUUUAAGAGAUUAAAAUGCUUAAUGUUUGUCUUUACUGUCAGUUCCCCUCUAGGUAACAACAUGAAGCUAAUUGGGUACUAAUUAGUCUUAGAAAAAGGUAUUUUGUCUUUAAUUUAUGAUCUGUAAGACAAGAAACUACAGGAGUGGGGUAGGCGUGUGGCGUUCGGAAACAUAUAAUCACAUAGGCAAUUAUAUGUAGGUGCUUUUAUUAAGAGCUCUGGGAAUCAGGAGUGCUUUUCACCUCAGAUCUGAUUCCACCAUACAUUCGAGAGGAACAGGUUUUUAUAUUCUAUCGUUAUAUAACUUCCAUGUUAAUUAUUAAACUUAUAUUGUUCUAUUGUAUACAUAGAUUUUUAGCUAAGCAUAGCCCCUUAAAUUUCCAACAUAGUUUCUCAUGAUUCUUCCUAUGAUUAUAUAAUAAUUAUAUUUAAUUACUAAACAAGCAUCACAUCUAACAAUUAUAUCAUUUAUCAUACUGCUUACGCAGGUGCAGUGAUCUGAGAAAACACAAAGCCUAACAUUUUCAGAAUCUACCUUUAGCAUUUUCCUGGGUCCCAUUAUCAGGGGUGGGAUGAGGGGAUGUGUAAGCACAACUAACUGAAAGCUUUUCUGCAAUUAAUAAGAGAGGUCAAAAUGAGGUCAGAGAUUAGCUAAGAAGUUUUAGUUAACCCUGAGCUAAUAGUGACCUUUUGUUUAGGCAUGGAUAAACAAUAUAAUUUGUCUGGCUAUGUAAGCAAAGCUUAUAUAACCUUUUCCUCUUCUCCCGGUCUAGAUAAAUCCGGUGUCUGUCACUAAAUUCAGCAAAGCUGAAUUAGUUUUGACAAAUCUGAAGCAAACCAGUCUCAUAUGAUUAAUGAUAGCAUAGAUGCACUUUUGUUCACAUUGGAACAGAGCAAGGGCAUGUUUAUUCCUGUAGCACACCAAUCUCCAGGCUAACUUGGAGUCUGAAGUUGCAGUCUUGCGCAAUUUGUGUGCGCAGCCUUGUGUGGGAUGCUGUGUCCACUUACCUGCUGGACUGGUAAUCUUCCUUCCCUGUGCCCUGGGACAUGGUCAAUGAUUCCUUAAGGAAACAUGGGUAUCAAUUAAACUUUAUUAUUCAUGUCAUAUUUACAUACAUGGAUGAUAUUUGCAUUUUAUGUUGUAUUCGUUAAUUUAAUUUACCUUAUUUUAAAUUCAUCUCCAGAAGCAGUGUAUCUUUUGACUUACAUUUUGAAGUUUAUUUUACUAGGCAGAAGAUUUAAUGUGUUUUUACAUAAUAUGUGAGUUUAUAUUAUAGACAACAGAAAGAAAUUUGUAUUACAGCCUGGGAUUCAUAGCCAUCUGCAAAAUGCCUUAGAAUUACAGGAUCAGAGAAAUAGUUGCCUUAAUUGAGUUAUAAUCCUACAUUAAAUACUCUUGUACGUGGAAUCUGUGCAGAGUUUUCAUGUUUUUCGGCAAUGGACAAAUUCUGCACAACCUACAGAAAGCAUUUUUUCGCUUUGUUGAUUCCUCUUGUUCUUUUAAUUUUGCUCCUGUGGAUAACAGGAUUUUGUAGGAUCUCAUGCUGGAUGCAUGGAAGCCUUUAAUUGCUAAUUUCCUCUGUUGUACAAUACCAGAUCAAUCAAUAUGCAACAGUUACUGAAAAAAUUAAAAACAAUGCAUUGCAAACUUCCGGGCAUUUUAAUUUUUUGUGGUUUUUUUGUAUGUCCCAGCUCAGCUAUAAUGUAGUGAAAAUUUAGGUGCAGCACAGCGGUCACAUGAAGUUCAGUUUCAGAUUUGUUUGAAGCUAUUAGACACAAAAUACAGUACUUUUUAGGUGGAACUUGCAUGAUUUUGAAAAUAUGCACAAUAUAAGAGGAAGAAUUUAGAAAGUUUGUUUUCAGGUCUUUUGGAUUCAGAAUUUGCCAAUAAAUACAUUACCUCAAAGAAAUGAAUACUCUGAAGUCCAAACUCUCUUGACAGAAGCUGUGUGUGAUGAAGUAGCAUUCUUUGUAAGCAAUUUCAUUAGAAUAAAUUUAAUUUGCAAUUUUACUUUGCUGUAAUGGUAAAUCCAUUUCAUUUUUCCCUUACCAAAAGAUUAAUGAGUGAAACCCACCACUCUAACAAGAUAUUGAUUAGAAAUGAAGGCAUGUGUUUGCUUCUCAUGUUUGGUCCUUUGUCCUUGUCCACUUUGUCCUUCCAAAUAUUGCUACCAAAAUGAAAUCUGCUUUCUGGAUGCCGCAGUCUCAUGUGUUGGGAAAUUGGUGGCAUGAAUAGCAGGCUUUUGAACACAUGCAAAUGUUUUUCAAAGGUGAACACCAUAUUUUCAUAGUCAGUAGGAGUAAGUUUUUGAAAAAAGACAAGGAUGGAAAUGUUAUAAAAUACGAACACAAACCACACCUCUCCUUCUGUUUAGGAUGCUUUCUUAUUAAAGAGAUGCUCAGGACAAACAUAAAUGUAUUUUUCUUCAACAUUGUACUUUUGUUACCUCAUAACACCAUAGUAACAAUAAAUUACUCUUUUAUUAGUUUUUCUUGAGAUAAAAAUAAAACUUUUCAAGUGACUUCAAAAGAGGCAAAAAUUAUUUUAAGACCAAGGGUUUUCUUCUCAACUGCUACUCUAGAUAAAAAGUUGCUUAUGUUGCAUUAUUUUCUACAACUUCCCUGCUUGUUUUGAAAUUUAAUUAAAAACUGGACUUAUAACAAGAUAUAGUGGUUCAUGCUUUUCUCUUGAUAUUUGUGUGUUUUAUGUCUAUAUACAUGAACACACAUAAAUGAUAUAUUUGUUUCUGCCUCAAAGCAAUAAAAUACCUAAUUUAUUGUGUUAUGUUCCACUGCAUCUCUACAGAACUGAAUUUGUUCACAUGUGCUGAUAUUACAAAUCCUAGUCCUUUUUUUUUCUUUCUUUUUAACACCAUUCAAUCAGUUAAUGAAGAGAUAUGGCUUUGUGAAUGCUAUUUGAAGACAAAUGAUUCCUUUGUUAUUCAGUGAAACCUGCAAGAAGAUUAAAGUCCUGUGGCAAUUUCUCAGGCAUUUCAGUUUCAGAGCCCUCUUCAGUCUUUCUGCAGUGGUGACUGACUGCUGUUUGGUGCCACACUAAGUGCUUUGAUGGUACUAAGUCAAACAUGCACAUCUUCCCAACUGAAACACCACCCAAGUGCUGCGUCUCCGGCUCUGUCCCCUAGUAGGUGCAAUGAGAAGAAAACCAAAAUAACAGAUCUGUUUCUGUUCUUUUGCAGCCAUUUCUUAUCUCCCUUCUACAAAAUGUGCACUUCAGGGACUUUUAUAUUGCUUUGGUUAUGGAGUUUGUUCCUUGUAUUCCAAUUUACAAUCUUUCCAGACUCCCAGCCCUGAGAGCUGCUGCUUUUGUCUCAUAGGCACAGAUAACAGACAAAAAUAAAGGGGAGAGAAGAGUAUGUGUUUUAAGUAGGAUGAGAGACUGUUGUGGUUUAACCCAAGCCAACAGCCAAGCCCCAGGCAGCCACUUGUUUGCUACCCCACCAGCAGGAUUGGGAAGAGAACUGGAUGGGUAAAAGUAAGAAAACUCAUGGAUUGAGGUAAAGACAGGUAAAUGGGGAAAACAAAAGUUGUUCACAACAGCAAAGCAAAAUAAAGAACUAAGUCACUGCCUCCUGUGGGCAGGCAGAUGUUCAGCCAUCUCCAGGAGAGCAGGGCCCCAUCACGUGUAACAGACUUGGGAAUACAAAUGCCAUCACUCUGAACAUUCCUCUCUUCCUUCU